AUGACAGUGUUAAAUAAUCUCCUUGUUCUGCUUUGUGUUUUUCUCUCAUUUGCUUCCAUUUCUAAUAACAACUUCUUCACUCAAGCUUGUUUUAGUACUAAUCAUGGUGAUGCUGCUCUCCAAAUCGGUGCUUACUACCAUACUUGCCCUGAUGUUGAACGUAUCAUUUACUCAAAGGUUGAGGAAGCUGUGAUGAACGAACCACAAAUGGCUGCUUCGCUUCUUCGUCUCCAUUUCCAUGAUUGUUUUGUUAAUAUUGUUGAUAUGUAUACAUGUUGGCUGCAGGGUUGCGAUGCUUCUGUGUUGUUAGAUGAUACAAGUACGUUUGCUGGAGAAAAGACUGCACUACCCAACUUGAAUUCUCUGAGAGGAUUUGAUGUGGUUGAUGCAAUAAAAUCUGAACUUGAAUCUGUGUGCCCGGAGACUGUUUCAUGUGCUGACAUUCUCGCAACUGCUGCACGAGACUCCGUUGUUCUGUCUGGUGGACCGGGAUGGGAUGUUCUGAUGGGUAGAAAGGACAGCUUGAGUGCUAGCAAAACAGAUGCAAAUAACAACAUUCCAGCUCCAAAUUCAGAUCUGAACACCCUCAUCACCAAAUUCCAGAAUGUUGGCCUCGACUACAAGGAUUAUCUGGAAAAUCCCCAGGAGGAUUUUCUAGUAUGGAGUGCAAUGUCAGGAUGCAGCAAAACACUUCCUCUUUUGGGUUAGAUUGAAUGUU